AUGAGCUUUGUGCGCCAAGAUAUGGAGCUUGAUGAGCUUCUGAACUACGUACAUAUUGAUGAGAAAUGGUUUUAUCUCACCAAGACGAGUCGUACGUACUAUCUUGUGCCCGGCGAGAGUGAACCCGAACGAAAGUGCAAGAGCAAACGCUUUUUGACCAAAGUCAUGUUCCUCACAGCCGUUGCGCAGCCGCGGUUCAACGAGGACGACGGGACAUGGUGGACAGGCAAUAUUGGCACGUGGUCGUUUGUCGAAACAGUGCUGGCACAGCGCACAAGCUCGAACCGCCAUGCAGGAACGCCAGAAACUAAACCCUUGGUCGUGACCAAAGAUGUGUACCGGUCCUUCUUGAUCAACAAGGUGUUACCUGCUGUGGUCAAGGUAUGGCCGCAGUCGAACAUUCCCAUCAUCAUUCAACACUACAACGCUCGCGCCCACUCCCUACAGCAUCGAAAGUCUGCGCGUUCAAUUGAUGAGCUGGUGAUGCACGUACUGGAAGCGUUCGACGAAUAUCCAUACGAUCGUCUUGACAAGACGUUCUUGACCUUGUAG